AUGGAGACCCUCACCUUCGAGGCGGUGGUCGGGUUUCACAGAUCCUACCACGCCAUAUUGGGGCGACCAUGCUACGCGAAGUUCAUGGUCGUCCCCAAUUAUACCUAUCUAAAGCUCAAGAUGCCGGGCCCGUGUGGGGUCAUCACCAUCGGCUCUUCCUUCCAACAUGCAUACCAGUGCGAGGUAGAAAGCUGCAAGCUCACCUCGGCGGUCAUCGCCACCGAGGAACUAGCAGCAAUCAGGGAGGAAACCGCGGAGGGGGCGCUUGACUCCAAUCGGGCUGCUGGAUCCUUCGAGCCCGCGGAGGGCGUGAAGGAGGUUCUCGUCGACCCUGAGAACUCUACAGACAAGAAGGUGCGAGUUGGCACUACGCUCUCCCCCAAAUAG